GAGUAUAAGUUAUUCGUUCAACUCGAUCAUUUCUAUGAUACCAUUAAUAUAUAUGUAGAUGUUGUUGAUGUGUAUUAUGUGUUGUUUGCUUAUCUCUGAAUUUUGGCAUACCAGUAUAAAGCUUUGGUUGACAAUUCAGAUUAUUGACACUGAGAAUCAAACUUAGUGCUUUGAGUGUUACAUCUUCUCUUUGGUAGUGUUUAAUUACUCUCCAUUGUUGUGAAUGUACUAGCUUAUCUAGGCACCAGGGAAAAGAAAGAGCUGGUGUAUAAGGUUGCAUCUUGACUAAUUAUAAGAUUAUUAGCAUAAUUGAUGGAUUGGUGGCUGUUGGAAGUGGCCAGAACUGGGCAUCAGAGGUAAUGAAGUGUUAUGGUAGGGAAGUCCAUGGGCCGUAAUUUCAUAAAUUAGCUGAAAUGGAAGUAUCAGUUAUUCGUUACUGAAUUAGUUUUCAUCUAGGGAUUCUGAAGGAUUUAGUGUUUAUGUGCGGUUCAGAAAUUUUGAAUCGAAAUCAUGCAAUCACACCUCACAAGUUAUCUGUAGCACCUAAUUAGACCUGUAUUCAUAGAUAAUUGUUUAUAAUUUUGUUUCAGGCAUUUAUGCUUUGUAUUUAAAGUUAGUUAUUGUCUGAUAAGUGAUAACAAGGACAAUGUCAUGUUGCCCAUUUCUGAAUUUAUGUAGGCUGUGCAAUUUCACUGAUGUAAGCCUCUAUAUGCUGUGGUGUACCACGUGGUUUGAGAGGAAAGCUUAACAAUCUAAUGAUUCAACUCCGGAAAAAUUGCAAUCAUCCAGAUCUCUUGGAAUCUGCUUUUGAUGGAUCGUACUUUUAUCCUCCUGUAGAACAAAUAGUUGGACAGUGUGGCAAAUUCCAGUUGCUGGAGAGGUUGUUGACUAAACUCUUUGCGCGAAAACACAAGGUUCUGAUAUUCUCUCAGUGGACCAAAAUUCUUGACAUAAUGGAUUACUACUUCAGUGAGAAGGGACUUAAGGUUUGCAGAAUUGAUGGCAGUGUAAAACUUGAAGAAAGGAGGAGGCAGAUCAAUGAAUUUAAUGAUGUAGAUAGCGACUUUAGAAUAUUUCUUCUCAGUACGAGGGCUGGAGGUUUAGGCAUAAACCUUACUGCUGCCGACACUUGUGUUCUUUAUGACAGUGACUGGAACCCUCAAAUGGAUCUCCAGGCAAUGGAUCGUUGCCACAGGAUUGGUCAAACUAAGCCUGUUCAUGUUUACAGGCUUGCCACUGCACAGUCUGUUGAGGGUCGUAUGCUGAAAAGGGCUUUUAGUAAGCUGAGGCUUGAACAUGUUGUCAUUGGCAAGGGGCAGUUUAAGGCAGAGAGGACAUUGAAUAACAUUAUGGAGGAGGAGGAUCUGCUGGAACUUCUCCAAGAAGAAGAAGAUGACGAAGAUAAGAUGGUGCAGACCGAAAUCAGCGAUGAAGACAUGGAAAAGGUGCUUGAUCGUACCGACUUGCUUGUUGCAUCAGGCGCAGCUUAUGAAGAUGCGAAGAAGGCUGAGAAGUUUGUGCUUCCUCUUAAAGGGCCCGGAUGGGAGGUGGUUAUACCAACCGCAACAGGUGGUGUCUUAUCCACUCUCAACAGCUAAUUGCCUAAUUCUACUCUUUACCAGUGAACAUGGAUGGCCACGUGUGAAUUUUGGGUGGAUUUUGUGUUUAUGCACCGUGGGGAAUAGACCUGUUCAACGGGCCAGGUUAGGGCCGGGUCAGAAUUAAAUGGGUCAGGCUGGGCCUAGCCUAUGAUUUUUGUGUUUAUGCACACUGGGGAAUAUAGCUUUUGCUCCUUUCAUUUUGUUUCAUUGGCAGUUAAAAAAGAGUAGGAAAAGGAAAGGAAAGGAAAAGCCAUUUAGAAAGGAAGCUGCUUUUGUAAAUUUUGUUGUACUUCAGCUCACUCGGCUAGUUGGUUGUGUAGUUUUGGUGCUGUGUUCCAACUUUUGUUAUCUACAAAGUAUUAGAUGAAUGAAUUGAUAGUUUAAGGAGCAGUUGAUCAGUAAAAUGCAGGUGUAUGAGAAUGAAAUGUAACGGUUAGGUUAGUUUACUGGUGGUUGAAUUUUGUCAUUUCAGAUUUUCAGCCUCGAAAUGAAGCUUGUCGAAAAUUGAAUAGCCAAAUGAAAUACAGCUGAAAUGGUAAGUUAAAA